AACCACUCAUUGGUCAAACCAAAUAGCCAAAUAGCGCAACCCGCUCAAUUGGAUGUACUUUUUGGGAAGAUUUAUUACCUGCGAAAGAAAAUUCAGCAAGCAUACUAAUCAGAGAUAGCUUCCGAUCGGACGUACACUCCCGACUACCCGCCGACUAUCAACCGACAGAAGAUUAGCCAAUCACUGAAUAGUAACAAUUGACGCAACUCGGCGUCUGAGGAAAAGAGUGUGGUAAUCCGAUAAGUCUCAUUUACUCUGUUGGAGUUUUUAGUUGCUUGCUAUGCGCCCUCACACUCCUGCCAUGCAAAACGCAGCGAUUUCGUUCUCAAUAGAAUCCAUAAUCUCAAGACGGGACCCUCCAAAGGGUUCACACUAUACAGACUUGUACACCACUCCUCGACAUGCAAUCACCAUGAGCUUAGAACAACGUCCUCGGGAGAUCUUGUUCUCUUCAACAGCCAGUGUUCAGGACAAUGCGCCAAAAGCGCGCGAGGAUAUCUCUGUGCCAAGGUUAAUAGAUCCUUGUGAACCAAGACUGCUACGUUCAGAGGACCAAGAGAACGUUCAUAUCUUAAAUGUACCUGGAGAUUCGCAAAUACCUGAACCGACGGACGGUGAUGAAGUUACCUCCGAGGAUGGGGACGGUGAGGACGCAUUGUCAAGCGCAUCUCGUCGACGAAAAAGGACAGCAUUUACAAGUAAACAACUAUUGCAACUAGAAAGGGAGUUUCAUAACAAGAAAUAUGUCUCACUGGAAGAAAGGUCUGUUAUUGCGACGAACUUAAAUCUAACUGAAGUCCAAGUUAAAAUUUGGUUCCAAAACCGUCGAGCAAAAUGGAAACGUGUACGAUCACUCUCACACCCGGCACAUGGAAAUGCCAAGAAGAUAAAUGUACCCAAACUUGUGGUUCCUAUUCCUAUUCAUGGCAACAGAUUUGUGGCUAUGAAUCAAGCGAAUGCUUUAUAGUAAAUCUUAUUUAUUUUAGAAUGGCUGGUACAUCAAUAUAUCGGAACAUUUUGCCGUUUACGUUUAGAUUUUGUUCGCGCACAUCAAGAUUUUCGAAAUGUUUCAACUGAGAACUCACUUAUGCUUUACGUUAUAUUCAACGGGCUUUAAUUUUGGAGCUCGAAGUAAGUUAAUUUUAAAUUCUGUUUAUAUGGGAAUAGGGAAUGGGAAAGACAGAGAUUAUAUUGUACAGUAUACAUCAUAUCAUAUUAAAAUUUGUUCAAAUUAAAUGAGUUCAUUUGGA